CUGGACGUGACUCUGCAGCCCUCUUGGAGUAGGCGGACCUCCGCGCGCUGCCUCGCGGGAGGUGUAGUUUUCCGCGUCCCUCCGGUGCGGCAUUGUGGGAGCUGUAGGCGAUCCGGGGCCACGCUUUCCCCGCACAAUGCUUCGCCACCGCGGGCGGGAUAGGCGAGGGAAGCCAGGUGGGGGAGCGUUGGGGGCAGUGGGCAUCAGAAGCUAUCCCAAAUCUCACCAGGCGCGGCACUUGAGCCUCUAUCGCAAACUUUCCCAUGCCACGGCCCUCCCCUAGUCGUAAACCGAAAGCGUCAGGUCUCCCAGCUGGAUGGGUGGAUGUGUGGUCUGAGGUGUGCAGCUCCCCUCCAGGAGCCACUUCACAAGUUUGACCCGGGUUGCUCCAGGCCCACCCUUUACCAAAGGGUGAUGAAUUCGCUCUGUACUCCCACCGGAAUCACCCUGGACACUUGUUAAAAUGCCAGUGCCUGAAACUCCUAUCGCUAGAAUGGUCUGGUGGGGUACACACUGAACACCACCGGUAGGACAGCUCUGCUUCUUUGGGGCAGGGGGCGGUUAUCCUGCUGCCCAAGUUUGAGACCUUUGAUCCCUUUGCUGAGGCACUGCUCUAGGAGUGAAAUGGCUCCCCGGGGUUGAGGCCACGUGCUCUCUCAUGCUGGGGAAGUCUUGCCAACAUUCCACUGACCCCUGAGACUCAGCGGGACCAGGAGCGGCGGAUUCGGAGGGAAAUUGCCAAUAGCAACGAGCGGAGGCGCAUGCAGAGCAUCAAUGCGGGCUUCCAGUCCCUCAAGACCCUCAUCCCCCACACAGAUGGAGAGAAGCUCAGCAAGGCAGCCAUUCUCCAGCAGACGGCGGAGUACAUCUUCUCCUUGGAGCAGGAGAAGACCAGGCUCCUGCAGCAGAACACACAGCUCAAGCGCUUCAUCCAGGAGCUGAGUGGCUCGUCCCCCAAGCGGCGGCGGGCAGAGGACAAGGAUGAGGGCAUUGGCUCCCCAGACAUCUGGGAGGAUGAGAAGGCAGAAGACCUGCGGCGGGAGAUGAUUGAGCUACGGCAACAGCUGGACAAGGAGCGCUCGGUGCGCAUGAUGCUGGAGGAGCAGGUUCGCUCGCUGGAGGCUCACAUGUACCCGGAAAAGCUCAAGGUGAUCGCACAGCAGGUGCAGCUGCAGCAGCAGCAAGAGCAGGUGCGACUACUUCACCAGGAGAAGCUGGAGCGGGAACAGCAGCACCUUCGGACCCAGCUCCUGCCCCCUCCGGCCCCCACCCACCAUCCCACGGUGAUCGUGCCUGCGCCACCACCUACUCCUCACCACAUCAAUGUCGUCACCAUGGGCCCCUCCUCGGUCAUCAACUCAGUUUCCACGUCCCGGCAAAAUCUGGACACCAUCGUGCAGGCAAUCCAGCACAUCGAAGGCACCCAAGAAAGGCAGGAGCAGGAAGAGGAGCAGCGGCGAGCCGUAAUUGUGAAGCCAGUCCGAAGCUGCCCUGAGGCCCAGGCCUCCGACACUGCCUCCGAUUCGGAAGCCUCAGACAGCGAUGCCAUGGACCAGAGCCGAGACGAGCUGGCCGGGACUGGGGGGCUUCCCUGACCACCCCCUCAGCCCUCCUCUCCCUUCUGGGGGCUUGAGGGGGCCGGGUCAGCAACAGGGAAUACAUGCAGGCCAGCGAGUGAGGAAUUUUUACAAAAUUACAACGUCAUUUGGGUCUCUUUUAUGACCUCUUUUUCAAUACUGUAAAUCGACCUUUGAGCAAAGGCCACCCAACCUGAGGUCCUGGGGGCUGGGGCUGCGGGAGUGAGCGUGUGGGAGCACCUGGACACCUGGGGCUGGGCCUCACAGGGAGGCUGGGGGAGCUGACACUUGAGGUGCCUGGCCUCUCUCUGCCAAAACUUUUUUUUUUUCAUUUAAACACAUGUUUUUAAGAACAGGGAAAAUCAAAUAAAACCCCAGCAGAUUUCUGCCCUCCCUAGAGCUAGCCCUAGGAGUGUCAGUUUUUAAUUCACCCUUCCCUUCACUUUUUGGUUUUCCUCUUUCUCUAAGCACUUACAUGGGUUGGGAAGGCUGGCUGGGUCAGGACUCUCUGGGGUUCCAGGGUGGAAGUUGCUUCUUCACUGGGGUUUGCUGCUGCCCUUUUGCCCUGCCUUCCCUUCCCUGCUCCACCUCAGCACUAGGGUUUGCCACUUUCCACCGCCAGCUGGCCCCCACCUCUCCCUCCAGGUUGCCUAUCUUCGACCCUCAAAAAUGUCUUUGUCUCUCUCUUUUUGUUUUGUUUGUUGAUUGUUUUUUUUUUGGUUUUUGUUUGUUUUCGGAACUUUUUGUUUUGUUUGGUUUUAUUUUUUUUUUUUACAAUUUUGAGGUCUUUGUGUUCAAGGAGAGCUAUUAUAUUUUGUUAAAGAAAGUGGGGGCGGGGGCGGGGAACCAAGAGGCCACCAUGCCUUUAUAAAGAAACAAAAUAAAGUUUGUACUUUGUUUUUUAGGUUGUGCCUCCUGGGUGCACGCCGUCCUGCAUUGCUGGGGAGGGCUUCCUGCACUACAGAAAGUGUGGGGUGCUCUUUGGGCCAACCAGAGGGGACUGGAUGUGGGUCAGCUCAUGAUGACUCCCCCAAUUUGUGUGGUAUUGCAAUGAGAAAUCAGGGUCCUCAGAUUCCCUGGGAUUACUCUGGGUAUUCUGCAAAGACGGGAGAUGG